CACAGAACCACCAAGAGCUGGAGCACAAGACUUUGGACUGAUCUUUCAGACUUUUGAAGUAACUCCCUUUGUAUGUACACAAUUGUACACAAUUCCUUUGCCUACAUUCGUUGUAAAAGGAUCGAAUACUUCUGCUUCUACUGAGUAGGUAUAUCCAAAGCAAGCUCCUGCGUGCAUAGCCCAUGCGCCACCUACUGUAAGACGGAGCUGCCAGUGCAGAAAUGCUGCCAGCAUCUCCAUUCCAUCGCCAGGCUGGGACGGAAUAAAAGCGUGUUUGUGUGGCAGUGUUCCUUCUUAAAUAAAAAAAAAAGAGCCUCAUAGCCAAGAACAAGCUGAAAUAGCAUCUUCAAAAAUGGAGCGCAAAAUAAUCAGAAGAGAAAAAGAAAAGGAAUAUGAAGGGAAACACAACAGCCUGGAAGAUACUGACCAAGGAAAGAGCUGCAAAUCCACAUUGAUGACUCUCAAUGUUGGUGGAUAUUUAUACAUCACUCAAAAACAAACACUGACCAAGUACCCAGACACUUUCCUGGAAGGUAUAGUAAAUGGAAAAAUCCUCUGCCCCUUUGACGCUGAUGGCCAUUAUUUCAUUGACAGAGACGGGCUCCUCUUCAGGCAUGUCCUAAACUUCCUACGAAAUGGAGAACUUCUAUUGCCUGAAGGUUUUCGAGAAAAUCAACUUCUUGCCCAAGAAGCAGAAUUCUUUCAGCUCAAGGGACUGGCGGAGGAAGUAAAAUCCAGGUGGGAGAAAGAACAGCUAACACCCAGAGAGACGACUUUCUUGGAAAUAACAGACAAUCAUGAUCGUUCACAAGGACUGAGAAUCUUCUGUAAUGCUCCUGAUUUUAUAUCAAAAAUAAAAUCUCGGAUUGUGCUGGUGUCAAAAAGCAGGCUGGAUGGAUUUCCGGAGGAGUUUUCAAUAUCAUCAAAUAUCAUUCAAUUUAAAUACUUCAUAAAGUCUGAAAAUGGCACUCGACUUGUACUAAAGGAAGACAACACCUUUGUCUGCACCCUGGAAACUCUGAAGUUUGAGGCAAUCAUGAUGGCUUUAAAGUGUGGAUUUAGACUGCUAACUAGCCUGGACUGCUCCAAAGGGUCAAUUGUUCACAGUGAUGCACUUCAUUUUAUCAAGUAAUUACCUGUCUCACGAACAAAGGCAACAUGCAUGCAGCUAGGAGCUUCAGAAAACCACAGCAUCAAAGGCAUCCCAAAUAACGUGUUCAGCUAGCUCUGUCCUACAGAGCCUGGCUACUAAUCAAGCACUGUGAGCUGACGGUAUGUAAAUUCUAUAGCUAAAGAUGUCUUCUCCGGUGGUCCUGCUGCUCAGACUCUUGCACCUAAAAUGAAAACAGUGGUCUUCUAUAUGUAAAUAAAGACUGAAUGCUUUUGCUAUUUGUUUAUUUUUCCUAAGCUGUCUU